AUGUCCUUCGGUUACGCGCGCCCGCCUCCCUCGGGGCCUCCCUCCCGCGGCCCUCCGACGAGAUACGAAGAAAUUGAUCGUGAGACAGGAAUUCUAGAGACCAAGCGGGAUCCCGUUCCGUUAGGCGACAUUUACCCAGUGCAUAUGCUUUUGGAUGACAGCGAAGGCGUGCAGGGCUCGUGCCAAUAUUUGAAAGAGAGGCUGGACGUUACGGAUCAGAUCAGGACGAAGGACAUGCUUCCCUGUUGCACGUACACGGAGGCUUAUGAGAAUUGGGGAGAGAGGCUGGUCAUUGUUGCUUCCCAGGUGUUGCGCCACAGGGCACUAAUAGGUUGGGAAGGGGAUCCAGAUUUAAAGCUUCCUGACUUCUCCUACUGCAUUUUGGAGCGAUUAGGACGAGCUCGCUGGCAAGGAGAGCUCCAAAAAGACCUCAGUGCAGCUUUUAAGGUGGAUGCUGGAAAGUUUCACUAUCAUCGAAAAGUGCUGAAACGAAAUGGCCUGAUCUCAAUGCAGUCCCACGUGAUUAGGUUGCCUACAGGGAUCCAACAGCACUCCAUUCUUCUGCUUCUCACCCGCUUCCAUACUGACAGGAGGAGCAAAUACGAUAUUCUUAUGGAGAAACUCUCUGGCAUGCUGAGCAGCCGGCCAGGUCAGAUGGAAACACUGGGCAACAUAAAGGAGGAAUUGGGUCUCUGUGAAAAAACCUUUAAGCGCCUCUACCAGUACAUGCUGAAUGCCAACUUGGGCAAGGUGGUCUCUGUUCCACUGCAGGAUGUAUGCUCUGUUGGGAGGCCUUUCAGGACAAAGAAGGGAACUCACGUCAUGGUUCGUUGUUUAAAGCUAGUGAAGGAAUAUCAGAAGAAGGUGGCUGACUUCCACGAUGAUGAUGAUGAAGAAAUUAUCACCAAAACCGUGCAGCCUGUGGACGUUGUAUAUGAAAAGGACAUGCUGGGACAAGCAUAUGAGCUGAUUGAAAGCUGGGGGACCAAAGGUAUUUCUCAGGCAGAACUUCGAGCUGCUAUGAACGUGGGAAAGCUGGAAGCCCGGAUGCUGUGUCGCUUGUUGGAGAGAUACAAAGUGAUCAAGGGAUUCAUGGAGGAUGAGGGGAGGCAGCGGACAACCAAAUACAUUGCAUGCACGUACGCAGAACAGAGUGACCUGAGCCAGCAGUUUGAGCGGGAGAAGGCUCGGAGUGAGGAGCUGGCUCAGGCCAGCAUGGCUUUUGCGCAUGAUGACACUUUGCCUGGAGAAGGGCUCUCGUCAGCAGAGAAGAAGGAAGUGGAGGAGGACAACGAGGCCGUACUCUUGGAACUGGAGGAGGAAGGGAAAGAUGGUGCAAGGCUGAAGGGUAAUACACAGGCCCUGCCACAGCUCGAUUUUGAUGGAGGAGGUGGCCUUUGCCAGUCAGCAAAUAAGAAAGCUCGGAAGAAGAGGUCGUCUUUGCUCCCUCUUGAACACUUGGAAGGCAGGGAUUCUGCUUUGGACUGGCCAAGGUCGGAAACCAGCCUCUCAAACUGUGCCCAUUUCAAAGCUGACUCUGGCGAUGCAGCGGUGGUCGAAGAAGUCCGCCCUGGAACGCCCAAAAAGAGCUGUGACGAAAAGAGAAAAGAGAAGAGCUCGCAAACAUCUCUGGUAGAGCGAUCCCAUGAGACCUACCGUCUACUGAAACGUCGGAACCUCAUAAUUGAGGCUGUCCGAAACCUGCGCUUGAUUGAGAGUUUGUUUGGGCUUCAGAAAAUGAUCAUGGAUCAGGAGAAGCAAGAAGGGGUCGCCACCAGGUGCUGCAAGAAAUCUAUUGUUCGCUUAGUCCAGAAGCUCUCCCAGGAAGGCCUUCUGCGCCUUUACCGCACUACUGUUAUCCAGGAUGGGAUCAGCCGAAAGGUUGAAUUUGUUGUUGAUCCUUCUGUGACUCCUAGUGACCCGCUGGUGAAAAGUGCCAUUGAGCAAGUGCGUUUCCGAAUCUCCAAUUCAAGUACUGUGAACAGAAUUAAAGUUCAGCAGACGUCAAUGUCUCAGGACCCAAAAAGGCAGGAGUCUGGAGCUGAGACUACCCUGAGCGAAAGGAAAGAUUGCUCUUUUCCCUGCCAAAGCGAAACAGCUGGAGAGAAGGUGUGCAUUGCCAAAUUCAGCUAUCAUCCCGUUACAGUGCCAGGCCUUGGACGCUCUCUGGGCUUCCUCCCCAAAAUGCCGCGCUUAAAGAUGGCUCACCUCUUCCUCUGGUACCUGAUUUAUGGACAUCCUCUCAGCCCGGAGAGGAGGAGAACUGCCUGUGAUGUGCUAGAGGAGGACCCAGGCUGUACCUCCUCCUACACUCUGCCUGAUACAACAGAUGACAAGGAGUCUCUGGGAAGCCUAGAGGUUCCUGCCCAGGAAGGAGAAAUGGAGCUUGGGGAGCAGAAAGUUUAUGUGGAUGAUGCCUGCUGGAUGCGUCACAUCCCUCCUCUGCCAGUCCACCGGGAGUUUGGACGUGGCUGGGCACUUGUUAGCGACCUUCUCCUCUGUUUGCCAUUGUCCAUCUUUGUCCAGAUAGUGCAAGUCAGCUACAAGGUAGAUAACCUGGAAGAUUAUUUGAUGGACUCCCUGAGGAAACAUACACUCAUCAGAGACCUUCCCAGAUCGGUUCGACAGCAACUCCUUUACAAGCGGAGAUACAUCUUUUCAGUAAUGGAAAGCCUACAGCGGUUAUGUUAUAUGGGACUACUGCAGUUUGGCCCCACAGAGAAAUUUCAAGAAAAAGAUCAGGUGUUUGUCUACUUGAAGAAAAAAGCAGUGAUUGUGGAUACCACCACCUGUGAGCCCCAUUACAACUUGGCUCAAAGCAGCCGCCCAUUUGACAGGCGCCAUUAUACCUUGAGCACUCUCCAGGAUGUAGAGAACUUCUGGUUUGACCUGCAGUGUGUCUGCCUCAACACACCCCUCGGAAUUGUCCGCCAUCCCCGUGCAAAAAGGAGUGGAGCUCCAGCUGGGGAGGUGGAUGCUCUCUCGGAGCAAGAGUCAGCAGCCCACAGACAUAACCUGGAGCGCAAGUGUGCCAUGCUGGAGUAUACAACAGGACGCCGAGAGGUGGAGGAUGAAGGUUUAAUACCAGGGGAUGGGCUCGGGGCAGGUGGUUUAGACUCCAGCUUUUACAGCCACUUAAAACGCAACUGGAUUUGGACGAGCUACAUCAUUAAUAAGACUAGGAAGGAAAAUGCCGUUUCUGAAGCCGGGCACAUAGUCAGACUGCAGACCUUCCUGAUCAAGCGCCCCCUGCCGUUUGGCCCAGGAGGUGGCCACAGUGCUCUCUGGGGAGAGAGUCUGUUGAGUUCAGAACCUGCUCUACAGAAAGAAGACCUGGAGGUUGAGAAAGAAGCAAACCUGAACAGAAGCCAGAGGGUGAGGGGGGGAAAGAGCCAGAAGAGGAAGCGACUGAGGAAGGAUAUGGUGAAGAAGACAAAGAAAAGGAAGAGAAAGAGAGAUGAAAAUCCUGAAGAGAAGCACCAGAGGCCACGCUACCACGAUGAGGUGGACCGAAGGGCUCUGCAGAGAAUGACUUGCCUGCGUGUGACAUGGACCGUGCAGGAGGACAGCCUACUGAUGCUUUGCCGUAUUGCAAGCAACAUUCUGAACACCAAGGUGAAGGGACCAUUUGUCCCCUGGCAGGUGGUCAGAGACAUCAUGCACAGCAGCUUUGAGGAAUCACUAGACAAGACUUCUCAUUCAGUUGGGCGGCGGGCCCGCUACAUUGUCAAAAACCCCCAGACCUAUCUCAAUUACAAAGUUUGCCUUGCUGAAGUCUACCAAGACAGAGCUCUGAUUGAGGACUUCAUGAGCAGGAAGAGCAACUAUCAGGAUCCCAAGGUGUGUUCCGAAGAGUUCAAGGACUUUGUGGAGAGACUGAAGGAGAAGUUCAGCUCCACACUGGGGAUUCCCAGGCCAGCAAUUCCAGACACCUUGGAGGAUCUUUUCCUCAGGUUCCGCGUUCUGGCUAUUGGAAAUGAGACCAGCCAUGGCAGGAAAGAAGAUGAACUCAGCAGCAUUGCCGACAUCCACUUCUUGGUGCUGCAGAACCUGAUCCAAAGCACGCUUGCUCUCUCCAAUAAUCAGAUGAAGUCAUUCCAGUCCUUCCAGACCUUCCGCCUCUACCGGGACUAUCAGGACGAUGUCCUAGUGAAAGCUUUCCUGGAUUGCCAGAAGAGGAGUUUGGUAAACCGCCGCCGGGGCAAUCACAGCCUGGGCCCCAAGAAGAGCCGGGCGCUGCCCUUCGUGCCCAUGUCUUACCAGCUCUCUCAAAGCUACUACAGAGUGUUCACCUGGCGGUUUCCCAGCACCCUCUGCAGUGAAGCCUACCAGUUUCUCCUACAGCUCAAAGAAGCAGGAAGAGAGGAUGCAAUUUCCAGCUUUUCCUUUAAGGACCAGGACAACCCCCUUGGGGCUGAGAUGGUAACUUUUCCUUUAGACGGGCCUGGCGGCUACUGCUCUGCUCUCCUGGCCCUCUUCUCUCUUGGCCUGGUUUCAGUGGACGUUGCAAUCCCAGAGCAAAUCGUAGUGGUUGACAGCACCAUGGUGGAGAAUGAAGUCAUGAAGAGCCUAGGGAAAGAUGGGUUGGAGGAGGAGGAGGAGGAGGACGACGACGACGAUGACGACAUGGAGGAAAACCCAGUCAACAAGCGGCAGAUUGAGGUGAAGGCCCGCCAGGCUUCACGUACUAACUACCUGCUCAUGAGAGGCUAUUGUGCUCCGGGGAUCAUCAACACCCGGAAUUUGAGUCCCACAGACAACAUCGUUGUUGAUUCUUGUCAAGUGAAAGUGAAGUUGAGAACAACCCCUAACCAAACUGGCCUCUUGGCCGAAGACCCAUCUGAUCUGGAGAACAUGCCAGUUGGAACUUCUUGCCUCCCUGGUUCCUUUACCAGAUGUUUCAGGGUCCCAGAAGAGGGUGAUAAUACAGCUAAACUUCAGUUGCUGGAUCACUACAGUCACAGCCCUGGAGAUGCUGCUGCAGCCCUUGAAAUCUUCUCUGCCAUAGAGGCCACAUCACACUUUGGGGUAGACCGGGUGACUCUUGCCAGGCAGUUCCAGCAUUAUGAAGAAGCUGUCACUGGGCGCACUCAGAUCUUGCAGCAGUACCUUCAGGAUCUUCUUGAUUUGGAGCAGGUGUUAGAAGUAGGAGGAAAAACUACUCGGCUGGUUGCAAGGAGAUUUGCAAGUCCGUGGCUGUUGCAUUCUGUGGGCCUCAAGGACACCAGUAAGAGCCUGCCAGGCGAAGAGUCGGAUACAAAGAAGGACCGUGCUGACCAAGAACAAGAGGAAGAAGAGCAGCAGCAGCAACUAGAACAACCCACCUCCUCUGCUACAGCAGCAAGAGAAGAGCCAGCCAGGAAAAGGCAAAGAGUAGAGGUGGGAGAGGAGGAGGAGGAGUGGGUUCCAGAAACAAAUGCUUUCUCCUCAAGCAUGCCAUGCUGGGAAGGAGCCAGGACGUCUGUGGCGCAAGAAGGACCUGCCAUGCAGAAAUGCAGGAUGGGCCCCCGCUCCUCUGGGCAAAAAGCCCUGGCCCUCCAUGGCAAAGAAGCCUUGGAUUGGGGAACUCCAACUCAAGAGUCCCAUGAGGGUUACUUGUCAUCGCAAGAGGAUCUUGAAACUUCCAGUGGAUGUGCUGCAGGGCAGCCUCUGCAGGCUGAAGGGAGACGCAGAGACAGCAUCUGCUUUGUGGGGCGGCCUUGGCGCAUCGUGGACGGCAGCCUGAACAAACCAGUCUGCAAAGGGAUCAUGGAAGGCGUGCUCUGCCACAUCAUGACAAAGCCCGGCAUCACAGAAGCGGCCCUGCAGCGCCACUACCUGGGCGUGCUGCAGCCAGUGGCUCUCCUGGAGGUCCUGCAGGGCCUGGAGUCCCUUGGCUGCGUGCGGAAGUUCCAGCUCGGAGCGCAGGGCGCCGCCUCGCUCUUCUCGAAACCCGCCCGCGGGGAGGAGGCGGGCGCCGCGCCGGCGGCGGCCUUCUACGAGCCGGCCAUCGACUGCGCCGUGAGGAUGGGCGCGGUCUUCCCCCGCGAGCUGAACUGGAACAAGUGGGGCGCUGCCCCUGCCGCUGCCCCGUGAGGCCGCCUCGCGCGGCGCCGGGCGAAUAAAGCGACUCGGCUCCGCACGCUGCUCUGCGCGGUCUUUAUUGGCCCUCAGUCCCUCCAGCGGUGCCCGCAGCGGGCGCUGCAGCACUUGUAGAAGGUGGUCAUGGGCUCGUCGGCCGAGCGCGUCUGCAGCUGCAUGAAGU